AGAUUUUCAGAAUGACUUAUAAUUUGGAAUGGAGGGAGUAAAUUUUAUGUCGUGUAUAAAAAGGGAAGGGAAACUCUCCCCAAAUCGGCUUUAUUGAGUCAUUUUUUCGUAUCGAUCGCUUGCACUGCACAAAUUUUGUGUGGUUGAUCGAGCUCCGGGUGGGAGUGCACAACAUGGAGGACUCGAGCAUGUUCAUGCAGUGGGCCAUUGACACGCUGCUGAACGAGCACCCGGAGCCUGCCAUCAUCGGCGACGGCGGCGGCGAGGCAACCUUUCCUGCGCUCCAAGCGCUCCGCGACGCAUCCCACGCCGUGGAAAUGGUCCGGGAGCUGACGGCCCACGAAGCCCGUGAUGCGGCCAACAGCUGGAGCUCCGGCGGCGACGGCGACAUCACGGACGGCGGCAGCGGCACUACUGUUCGAGCCCCAGCUGCUGCCAGGGAUAGCCAUGGCUCCUGGCCGCCGUCGCCGCCGAGCUCGUUGAUCAGGCGCGCCCUGCCGCCGAGCAACAACACCAACCUGCCGUUGGUUAGCUGGAACUUCGUCACCGGCUCGGCGCAGCCUGGCAGCGGCGCCAUGGUGGAGGAUGCCGCCGCCCCACCCCCACGCAGCUUGCCUGAGCCGGCCCACGGGUCACCGCCGCCGACGAGACGGAGAGCCUCCCUGAGAAGCCUGGAAGCCGCAUCGCCGGCGUCGUACGCGCCAGACCACAUCAUCGCCGAGCGGAAGCGGCGGGAGAAGAUCAACAAACGCUUGAUCGAGCUCUCCACUGUCAUCCCCGGUCUCAAAAAGAUGGACAAGGCAACGAUCCUCUCCGACGCGGCCAAGUACGUCAAGGAGCUCCAGCAGCGGCUUAAGGCCCUGGAAGAGGAGGAGGCCGCCGGCAGCAACGGCAGGAGCAACGAAACCGUGGUGCGCGUCAAGAACAAGAAGCCGUGCAACGCCGCCGUCGCGGCGCCCGACGAGAAUGAUGGCUCACCGUCGCCGACGUCGGCGUCUUCUGGGCCACCAGCGACGGGCAAACCAGCUCUUCCUGAGAUCCAGGCACGGUUCUCGGAGAAGAGCGCGAUGGUGAGGAUCCAUUGCGGGGGCGGCAAGGGGGUGGCCGUGACGGUGCUCGCCGAGGUCGAGGAUAUCGGGCUCAGCAUCGUCCAUGCCAACGUCAUGCCGUUCUCGGCUUGCACUGUGAUCAUAACCAUCACGGCCAAGGUGGAGGAGGGCUUCACCAUAACAGCGGAGGAGAUUGUAGGCAGGCUCAACUCUGCAUUAUCACACCAGCAAAGCAACUGCAACGGCACUGAAGAAACAGGGAAUUGACUAGCGCAGUGCCCAACGGUGGAUAUAUCUAGGUACAUGCGCAUGGGUACCUUUAAUUUUUUUGUAAACAAGUAUGGCUUGGAAAUUUUUCUUCGUGUGCAAUAACGUAGCUAGCGUUGCAUGCGAUUGACUAGCAAAUUGCAUGCACUAGUACAGAGUGUGAAGUGAUAUGUGAAAGCGUGUGUGGACGUGCACACAGAUGCUUGCAAGUUGCUAUACGAGAAUUCCUGCACCACGUCUUCUUUGGCACGGAAAUGUUCUCAAGAUCAACUACAGUUAUUGCUUCCAAUGAAGAAAAGGAGCGGCUGUCACUAUAUAUGCAAAUUCACACAUGUUCUUUUAUUAUAUUUUAUUUUUUUGGGGUGGGGGGGGGAGUAUGUACAUGUACUGUAGUGUCGUGUUGUUUGAUAGAUUAAUAAACCCUUGUAUUCAUAUACUGGUGCAUUGUAUAUGAAAACAAUGUUUGGAUGUAAAGUAGUGGAUAUAUACUGUAAUGAGAUUAUUUUCAAAAAA